AGCAGGCAGACAAGAGUCUGAGAAGAAAAGGCCUGUGGAGAGGUCUGGAGCAGCAUGUACACACCCAUCCCGCAGAGUGGAUCCCCAUUCCCAGCCUCUGUCCAAGACCCAGGCCUACACAUAUGGCGGGUGGAGAAGCUGAAGCCCGUGCCCCUAGCGCGAGAGAACCAUGGCAUCUUCUUCUCUGGGGACUCCUACCUAGUGCUUCACAAUGGCCCCGAAGAGGUCUCCCAUCUGCACCUGUGGAUAGGCCAGCAGUCAUCCCGGGACGAGCAGGGGGCCUGUGCUGUGCUGGCCGUACACCUCAACACCCUCCUUGGGGAGCGGCCUGUGCAGCACCGUGAGGUUCAAGGAAACGAGUCAGACCUCUUCAUGAGCUACUUCCCGCGUGGCCUCAAGUACCAGGAAGGUGGUGUGGAGUCCGCAUUUCACAAGACAAACUCGGGGGCCACCCCAGCAGCCAUCAAGAAGCUCUACCAAGUUAAGGGGAAGAAAAACAUCCGUGCCACAGAGAGGGCGCUGAGCUGGGACAGCUUUAACACCGGGGACUGCUUCAUCCUGGACCUGGGCCAGAGCAUCUUCGCCUGGUGUGGUGCAAAGUCCAACAUCCUGGAACGUAACAAAGCAAGGGACCUGGCCCUGGCCAUCAGGGACAGCGAGCGGCAGGGCAAGGCCCAGGUGGAAAUUAUCACCGAUGGAGAAGAGCCAGCUGAGAUGAUUCAGGUUCUGGGCGCCAAGCCUGCUCUGAAGGAGGGCAACCCUGAGGAAGACCUCACAGCUGAUAAGACCAACGCCCAGGCUGCAGCCCUGUAUAAGGUCUCUGACGCCACUGGACAGAUGAAUCUCACCAAGGUGGCUGACUCCAGCCCCUUUGCCUCUGAACUGCUGAUUCCUGAUGACUGCUUUGUUCUGGACAACGGACUCUGUGGCAAAAUCUACAUCUGGAAGGGGCGAAAAGCUAACGAGAAGGAGCGGCAGGCAGCCCUCCAAGUGGCCGAUGGCUUCAUCUCUCGGAUGAGAUACUCCCCAAACACUCAGGUGGAGAUUCUACCCCAGGGCCGAGAGAGUCCCAUCUUCAAGCAAUUCUUCAAGGACUGGAAGUGAGGGUGGGAGUCCCCAGCCCGCUCUGCAGGCCACCAUCUGCCUGGCCCCUCCCCCGCUGCCGAGUCAGCACCGAGGUGCCCGGAUGCUCAAUAAAGGAUGCACCUUCAGUUCCCAGUUCCCAGCUCUCUCCUGUGUGCUCGCCCUGGGCUGAUUUUUCUGGCUAUUCACUUGGGCUCGUCCCCAUUCUGGGGUCCGAGUAGAACAUCGGUGAUAGAUAAUUCCGCCGCUUCAAAUCCCGCCGCUUCCAGGAGCCCAGCUCUGGCUCUGCGUGGCCAGGACUCAGUGGAGCCGCUGUCCAAUCCCCACCGUGCCCAGAACCUGAUGGGGAGGUGGCACAGUGCCAGGCCUCUGCUUUCGGGCCAGGGUUUAGUUCAAGUCUCACAUUCCCGCCUGGGAGAAGGCUGUGGCUGUGGCUGGGGACAGAUUUCUAUUCAAGCCAGUAUUUCCUCAGAUGCCCCAAUAAGCACCCAUGAGGCAGUUUUAAAUGAUUACACGAACCCAGCAACGGAAUGUGCCAGAGUCCUUGAGCGGGCCAACUGUCCUUACUCCACUGGGUUUUGUGUUUGGUUCAUCAGCUCAGGGCUGGUGUGUGUGUGUGUGUGUGUGUGUGUGUGUG